GGGCCGGGCGGGGGCCGGCCGCUCGGUAUUUCUCUCCGGAGAGAUACCGGGGUGGACCGGGAAGUGUUCCUGCCCUGCUGGCUCGGCCCGGACCGGCGGGAGGAGUAACUUGCCGCUGCCGUGAUUCCUCUCAGCAAAGUUUCCGUAAAAUGGCAGUUAAUGUGUAUGCUACUUCAGUGACUAUCGAUAACUUGAGUCGACAUGACAUGCUGGCGUGGAUCAACGAGUCUCUGCAGCUGACGCUGACCAAGAUCGAACAGUUGUGCUCAGGUACUGCAUACUGUCAGUUCAUGGACAUGCUCUUCCCAGGGUCUGUAGCACUCAAGAAAGUGAAAUUCCAAGCCAAGUUGGAGCAUGAAUACAUUCAGAACUUCAAGGUUCUACAAGCAGGUUUUAAAAGAAUGGGUGUUGACAAAAUAAUUCCUGUGGACAAACUAGUGAAAGGAAAAUUUCAGGACAACUUUGAAUUUGUUCAGUGGUUCAAAAAAUUUUUUGAUGCAAACUAUGAUGGGAAGGAGUAUGAUCCUGUUGCUGCUCGACAAGGCCAAGAGACAGUAGCACCAAGCCUUGUUGCUCCAGUUGUGAACAAACCCAAGAAAUCCCUCAGUUCUAACAGUGCAGCCCCACAGAGGCCCAUUGUCACACAGAGGACUGCAGCAACUCCAAAGGCUGGGAUGGUCAAAAAGGCUGGAGGGGAUGAGGAGUCAGCAGUGUUGAUUGAGCAGAUCAACGUAUUGAAGCUUACUGUUGAAGAUCUGGAGAAGGAGAGAGACUUCUACUUUGGCAAAUUGAGGAACAUUGAACUGAUCUGCCAGGAGAAUGAAGGGGAGAAUGAUCCAGUGUUGCAGAGGAUUGUGGAAAUUCUUUAUGCCACAGAUGAAGGCUUUGUGAUACCUGACGAAGGAGCACCGCAGGAGGAGCAAGAAGAGUAUUAACAGACCACAUACUGUACCAGCAGAGCAGCAACAUCAGAAUUCUUUGCCCCAGAUCAUGUGCUUAACUGUAAAAUACUCCACUUUAUUCUUAGAGGACUCACUGGUUUCUUUCCAUAGCAAAAAAAAAAAAAGUACCUCUUCUUAAAGUGCACUUUGAGGAAGCUUCACUUCUUAAAGUGGGUUUGAGUCAGGAGCUCUCUCACUUCUAGCAGAGCAGUAUUCACACCUAGGUGGUAACUGAGGGAGCAAGAGGCUGAAUAUUGGGAACUUGUUGCAGAAUGGUUUGCUGGUAAAAUCACUGGUUUGUGGGAAGACUCUUCUUGUAUCUAAGGUGGUGUGUGAUAGAGAAGUUAAAGACUCUGACUCACGGGAAGGUUGAGUUAAUGUGAAAUUGCAGCACAGAAAUUCUAAUAAAAUGCCUUAAGAGUAUUUAAAAUAUGCUUCCGUGUGCCAAAUGGGAGUGAUGGGACAGGAGAUUUUAUGUGCUUCGUGCUGGGGUCGGUGCCUGUUGAACUCCAUGCCCUGCUGUCUGGGAGGCCUUGCUGGCAUCCCACCUGGUCAGCAAGUGCUCAGAAGGGGCUGUUAAAACAAAACUCCAUCCCUGUGUAAAGCUGCUUACUGAGUGAUUAGUUCUUGAUGAAAUGGGCCUUAAUGUUGCCUGUCACAAGAUUAGAGGGAGUAUGAACAGCUGAGACACAUAAGUUACCUUGGAGAGGGGCCGAAGCCCCUUCCUGUGGCAUUGUGGCUAGUGACUCUGCCAGAACGUACUGUGUUUUCUGUGAGAAAAGCAAAAAACCAAAACAACAGCAAAAGCAACAGGCAUCCAAGUCCUCCUGCCUGAAAUGUUCUUCAGAGGCAAUUUUCCUUCCUGGCUCUUCUUUCUAUUUGUCCAGUUUAUUUUUGUUGGUCUCUCACUUGUUCUUUUCUCUUUCCCAUCCCAAGGAAUGCUGAUCAAAUCCAAUAGUAAAAUCCAACAGGACUCAGGCUGUGCAACAAUCUUGGAGUGAAAGUGAAUUGAGCACAUGAGGAUGAUGAUGGUUUUUAUCUUUCUUUUCCACCCCCCACCCCCCUUUCAAACCAGGACAUAUCCAAUAACAGUACUUGCCAGUUCACUGCUCUUCUGGGGUAAAAACUAAAAGAUGCUGGCUAACAGAGCUAAUGUUAUUGCAGAAAAUACAGUACUGAGACUAACUUAAAUAUUAAUAUUUAAAGUACUUUCUUUACCUAUCCUUUUUUGCUAUCAUGCCCCUCAUUACUGUUGUGUUUGGCAAGAUCCUGCAAGACUUCUGAUCCCCCUUCACUACUGAGAUUGAUCAGUCCUGUUGUGCUUGUAUCCAUUUGUUUCUGGUGGUAGCUUGUGCUAAAAUGUGUGUAGGAGAGCAUUUUAUGGUAAUUGUUGUGUAGUGCAUGAAUCUUUGUGAAAUUCAGAGGAAAAACCCAAAUUCAGUGAAUGCCAAAAAUGCAAGUAUCUAGCCAUUGUUUAAAACUGCAGUGGUGCUAUUUCUCUUGUGGCCUUUCAGACUUUUGUUGCCCUGAAACUCCAUUUUACUGAGGAACCAUAUUUGACUUGGAUUUUUCUUGACAGGGUUUUUCUAUUUUAAGCAGUUUCUAAAUAAAGUUCUGUAUUUCAAGAGUGUCAUGUCUGCUGAAGUCUCUCGUGCUUUCAUACACCGUGAGGCAAAGCUAAAGCUGGUGGUAGUUUUCAUGGUGAAGCUUGCAGGACCUGCAGUAUCAGCUGUCAUUCUCCAGUCCUAGUUACAAUCCUGACUCGAGUAGCAGUAAUGGUGGAACUGUUCUGGGGAAGCCACUGUUGGAGGUUUGGGGUGGUUUUCUCCCCCCAGGUGGAUGAAAUGCCAGUGGAUUGUUGGCUUCCUCCUCCUGAUGGUGUGAGAAUGGGGCUGUGAGCCAGGAAUGCUGUCACAUGGCUAUGUUUGAAGUGCUUUAAAACUGCUAAAACAGUGCUGGUAACAAACAAGGUGUUAACUGUCUGCCAGCAGCCUGGGCAGGCUGGCUGCACCCCAGCUGUGUGCUCCCUUGGCAGUGUGUUGCAGAUGAGUGCACAGACCAGCAGCUUCUGGGAGGUGCUUGUGUGGUGCCUCUCACCUGGGCACGAGGAGUGUUCCCUGCAGGGCUCCUGUCUGAUGCUGGAGACCCCCCCUGCCCUGGGGUGCUCUGGGUGCCUCCCUGCUCAGGGCACAGGCCCUGCUGGUGUUGCACAACUGCUGCUGGGCAGUGCAGUGAUGAAGCACAUAAAAUCUUCUUGACCAUCACUUACUGGCUUGGAGGUCGGAAGCAUAUUUUUUCGACUCUGUGUCAUUCCAUUAUUCCAGCAUUAUUCUGUUAUUCCAGCAACUCAAAAGAUGGUAAUAGCAUGUGGACUCGUGGAGGACUUUGUGGGUGUCUGCUCUUUGCAGCCUGGUUGUGCACUGGGUCCUGGUUGCUGCAAGUCUCUCUUUAAGAGGCUGGUGUGUGUGUAAGGGUGAAGCAGCCAGGUCAUCAGAUGGGUUGGACUAGGUUGGUUUUGGUCUCUGCUGGCAAAGCAAGGAAACAUUUAUGCUGAGUGAAUAAUGAGUCAGAAGUUCUGCUGGUGGCACCAUGUGAGACUGUUGAAUGUGUGGACCUGUUGGACGUGCAUGAUACAGCUAAGUGGAAGUUGCAGUCGUGUUGGAUGCUGCUGAGGUUUCCAGUUCAUUACAUCCCUUCUCUGCUACCAAGAUGAGUUCUAAAUAGAAUGGGAAGAAACUCAUGUGGUCGGGUUCUGACUACACUAUAGAUACCUUGGAAUCGUCUGGGUUUUAAUGUGCUUUUUGGGAAGAGAAUAACAAUAAGCCCAACUCAAAUCCUUAGACUUAAUGUGGCUACUCUGUCACUCUGGUACAGCAUGUGCUGGGAAAUGUUAAAGCUCACCUGCCAGGACAAUUCCAAUGGCAUCCAGCCUGUCGUAGUGUCUUAGUUUGAUCAGAUAUUUGAAAAAUGAACAGAAUGGAAGCAACAAGCUCACAUCUCCUUUCUGUACCAACAUGUCUUAGUUGCAGGUGGACUUGUGGAUGUUUUUUUUUAACUUUUAUUGUUCAAUUUUUUAAAAAAGAUUCCUGGUUUGCAAUGACAAUAACUGUAACUGUUAAAAGCCUUCAAAUAAAGGCCAGAAACUUGCUUGGUGUUGGAUCAUG